AUGAGGGUGGACAGUUGCAUCGGGGACAGGGAGCAACCGGGAUAUGGCUGUGAGGUGAAGGGGGGGGGGAGCCAGGACGAGAUGGAGUCGAGGGCUGUUGAAGGAUGUCCGUCUGAAAGAGCGGCAGAUGAUUUGGAGAUCAUCUAUGAAGAGCUGCUCCAUAUAAAGGCAUUAUCUCACCUAUCCACCACUGUAAAGAGAGAGCUGGCAGGAGUGCUGAUCUUUGAGUCUCAUGCGAAGGCAGGAACAGUGUUGUUCAGUCAGGGGGAGGAGGGCACAUCAUGGUACAUUAUUUUGAAGGGCUCAGUCAACGUUGUCAUCUAUGGGAAAGGUGUUGUUUGCACUCUUCAUGAGGGAGAUGACUUUGGGAAGCUCGCUCUGGUUAAUGACGCCCCCCGCGCUGCCUCCAUUGUCCUGCGAGAGGACAACUGUCACUUCCUGAGAGUCGACAAGGAAGACUUCAACAGGAUUUUGAGGGAUGUGGAGGCCAACACGGUGCGUCUGAAGGAGCACGGUCAGGAUGUUCUGGUGUUAGAGAAGAGUCACGGUCGCACCUCCAGCCACGGGGCCUCGUCCUCCCAUUACAAAUACAAGGUGAUGUCGGGGACUCCGGAGAAGAUUUUGGAGCACCUCCUCGAGAUGAUACGAUUGGAUUCACAAUUCUCAGAGUCAGACGCUGCCUUAGAGGACUUUGUGCUCAUGCACUGUGUCUUCAUCCCAAACACGCAACUAUGUCCGGUGUUGUUGGCACACUACCACGCUCAGGCCUUGCAGGGCUCUGAUCAGGAGAAGCUGGACUACACAGUGAACAACAAGCGCAGGGUGAUCCGCCUGGUGAUGCAGUGGGCGGCUGUACACGGAGACCAGCUGCAGCAGGAGGACGUCCCUGUGGCCUUCCUGGAGGAGUUUCUCGUGGCGGUAUCUAAUGAUGCCGAGUCGAUUCCAGCCCUCAGGGAUCAACUAGCAGAACUGGAGAGAAGGUUAAAGCAACACACUGAAGAUGCCAGUGUCUCUCAGAAAAAGCACAAAGUCUUACUGCGGCAGUUCAGUAUGGGAGAUGAGAAGCUUCAGAAGCGCCAGCCCAUCAAGAGUAUCGAUGAAAUUCUGCUCAAAGUCUACUGCUGUGACCACACCUACACGACUAUCCGUGCCCCUGUGGCCGCCUCAGUCAGGGAGGUCAUCGGUGCCGUGGCCGACAAGCUGGGGUCAGCGGAGGACCUGCUGCUGGUCAGCCUCAGUUCUGCAGGAGAGAAAGUCAUCUUCAAGCCCAAUGAUGUGUCAGUGUUCUCCACGCUCAGCGUAAACGGACGGCUGUUUGUGUGCCGGAGGGAUCAGUUGGAUUCUUUGACCCCUCUACCUGAACAGGAUGGUUCCUCUACAGCGCUGUUGGCUGGUUUUGAGUUAAUGAGCUCUAAGGAUGUAGCUUACCACAUGACUUCCUAUGAUUGGGAGCUUUUUCACUGUGUCCACGAGCUUGAACUCAUCUACCACACGUUUGGGAGGCAAAACGUCAAGAAGACCACGGUGAACCUGGACCUGUUCCUGAGGAGGUUUAAUGAGAUUCAGUUUUGGGUGAUCACAGAGGUGUGUCUGUGUUCUCAGCUCAGCAAGAGGGUGCAGCUUCUCAAGAAGUUCAUCAAGAUUGCUGCCCACUGCAAGGAAUACAGAAACCUGAACGCCUUCUUUGCUAUCAUUAUGGGACUGAGUAACCCAGCAGUGUGCAGAUUGAGUCAGACCUGGGAGAAACUCCCAAGCAAAUUCAAGAAGUUUUACGGGGAAUUUGAAAACUUUAUGGACCCGUCCAGGAACCACCGGGCGUACCGACUGACAGUUUCCAAACUGGAGCCUCCCAUCAUUCCCUUCAUGCCGCUGCUGAUCAAAGACAUGACAUUUACUCAUGAGGGCAACAAGACAUUUAUCGACUGUUUGGUCAAUUUUGAGAAAAUGCGGAUGAUCGCUAACACGGUGAAGAUAGUGAGAUACUGCCGGAGCCAACCGUUCAGCCCAGAUUCACCUCUGGCCAGCAAGAGCCACCCAGAAGUUCGCACAUACGUACGUCACCUCAACGUGAUCGACAACCAAAGGACGCUAACUCAGCUCUCUCAUGGACUUGAGCCUCGCAGGUCUUGAAACCACUCAGGGACAGAAAUGUUACACUCUGAUGCUGCUUUACUCAUGACAUGCGCUUACAUUGGGAUGGAUUCACUCUAAAACAGGCAAUUGCAUGAAGAGGACCUAAUGACGUAUCAGAUAAUGAGAUAUUAUUUCAGAAAGCCUUUUAUCACAGUGAGCUUUAACAACGGUAAUUGUUGGUGGCCUCAUAUCACUGUGUUGCACCAUCUUAUCUAAGUCAAACAACAGCAACAAUUUAAGGAAUUACCAGGCAUGGGGAGGGGUGCCAUUCAUCAGAUUAACAUUUCAGACGUAAACACUAUGUGACGCUUAUGCUUUAAAAAUGCAAAGUCUUGAUAUUCCUGAUAUUCAGUUGUUUCGUAUCUUUUGUAUCAAACAAUAUUUAUAUACGUUUGUGAGAAUCUGUGUUGUAAACUGUAAACAAAUAUUUAUUUUGACAUCAGCAUGCAAAAAGUUGUGAUGAUUGUUUGCUUUUUUAUUCAUGUCAGCACAUUUCUCUUUGGAGUUACAGUAAAUGUCUGAAAACCUUUUG